GCGUGACUGAUAAGUCUCAGUGAAGAGUCAGCGCGAAUUCUACAAACAAUAAGAGUCUUAUCUGUGAUAGACAUUUAUCAAUCACAAAAUUAUCACAAUUAUGUGCCAACACGUCGAUCGGUGGUGACGGGUCAACAUUCGGCCUGUCAAAAUGGCGAUCGGUUAGGAGCGAAGUCACGAGGAACCAAUUCAUUUUGAACAAGAUCGGAUUAAACGCGACGAUCGAACAUUCAGCCCCGAUCAUCCCGUUCCGACUUCUCUAGACGAGAUUCCCGCCAUCGCUCGUCUCGUCUGUAACUUUGGCGACGGACCAAGAUGCGAGGCUGGUUCGAGAAAUGGAGCGCGACCCAAUUUGACGUUUAAAAAUCAAACCACGUGACUAGAAACUUCAGAACCUCAUUUCGGCCAUGGACGCGUUCGGCGACAAUUUCGUCAAUCCCGAGGUGGAUCCCGCGGCGGAAUUUCUUGCGAGGGAGCAGGACGAACUCGCUGGUCUUGAGGACGAGAUUACGCCGAUGGCUGUAACUCUGGCCGCGCAAGCGGCAGCGGGUCAAACCGAAGAGGAUUUAUCUGGAAAAUUUGGAAAUCUGAAAGUUGGCCCGGGCGGUGACGCCGAAGGCAGCUUUGAAAUUGUAGAUGCCAUUGGACAAUCCGCGGAAGCACAAGCGCCACCAGCGGCAAUGGAAACGGCACCUGUAGCUCCACCACCAGUCAAAGAAGAACCCGAAAAAAUCAGAAAAUGGAGGGAAGAACAGAAGGCACGUUUGGAGGAGAAAGACGCAGAGGAGGAAAAGAAGAAGGAAGAGUGGAGAGAAGUGGCAAAGAAAGAAUUAGAAGAAUGGUACAAGCAUCACGCGGAAGCCAUUAAUAAGACAAAAACCACCAACAGGGAAUCAGCCAAAAACGCGGAGAAGCAGUUUGUCGCGGAGGCGGACGAGGUCGAGCCGGGCACCGAGUGGGAACGCAUCGCCAAGCUCUGCGAAUUCAAUCCAAAGUCGUCCCGCACUUCCAAGGAUGUUUCCCGGAUGCGUUCGAUUAUUCUGCAGUUAAAGCAAUCUCCGCCUAUUCCCAUUAACGCUUGAUUAAAUUGAAGGAACUAAUAAUCCCGCAAUUAGACACACACUGAGAAUAUGAAUUAUCGUAAACGAGAGAAAGAAUUAUCAUUGUAAACAAGAAAGAAACAUAAGUAAUAAUAAAACACACGCAACACACGCCGUAAACGUGGGAAUAUAAGCAGACGGAAGACUCAUAAAUGUUCUGUUGAAAAUAAAAGUAUGUAAUAUUAUUGUGAAUAAAAAAUAAAUUUAUUGAAAAACA